AGUUACCCUGCCUGCAAUAGGCGAGGAGUCCAAAAACCAGGGCCAUGGUUGGCUCUCCUGGCCCUGGUGGGCGUGCCUUAGUGCCAUGGCCGAAGAUGUGGUGGGGGGUCCUGGCUGCUUCUCUGGUAGCCGUCUUAACUUUGACGCUGCCAGGAAGUAGCCAGGCCUGCCCGCCGCGGUGCGAGUGCUCGGCUCAGCUGAGGUCGGUGUCGUGUCAGCGGCGGCGGCUCACCAACAUCCCCGAAGGCAUCCCCACCGAGACACAACUCCUGGAUCUCAGCAAGAACCGACUCCGAUGGGUACAAGCAGGGGAUCUGGCACCGUACCCCCGGCUGGAGGAGGUGGAUCUUAGUGAAAACCUCAUCGCCACAUUAGAGCCCAAUUCCUUUGCCAGUCUGCCAGGUCUUAAAGUGCUGAAGUUACGAGGCAACCAGCUGAAGUUAGUGCCCAUGGGGGCUUUCGCCAAGCUGGGCAAUCUGACCAGCCUGGACCUGAGUGAAAACAAGAUUGUCAUUCUGCUGGACUACACCUUCCAAGACCUGAAGAGUCUAAAACACCUGGAAGUGGGAGACAAUGACCUGGUUUAUAUUUCCCACAAGGCAUUCUCGGGUCUGCUGGGACUGGAAGAUCUCACCAUAGCUCGCUGUAACUUGACAUCCAUUUCAGGCCAAACGUUGUCCUACCUGCGCAGCCUCGUCACCCUUCGCCUCCGUCACGUCAGCAUUACGGCUCUUGAGGACCAGAACUUCCGAAAGCUCUCGAACCUUCGAGGUCUAGAUAUCGAUCACUGGCCCUACCUGGAAUACAUCUCCCCUCUUAGUUUCCAGGGUCUUGACCUCCACUGGCUGUCCAUUACAAACACCAACAUCACCUCCGUCCCUUCUGGUUCCUUCAAAAACAUGGUGCAUCUAACGCACCUCAACCUCUCCUACAACCCCAUCACCACACUGGAGCCAUGGGCCUUCAGAGACCUGAUGAGGCUGAAGGAGCUAAUCAUGGUCAGCACAGGCUUGACGACGGUGGAGCCCCACGCCCUUGGAGGCCUUCGGCAGCUUCGGGUCCUCAACUUCUCAUCGAAUGACCUGCAGACAUUGGAAGAGGGUUCCUUCCACUCUGUCAACAGCCUGGAGACCCUCAGAGUGGAUGGGAACCCUCUAAUGUGUGACUGCCGUCUGUUGUGGAUCCUGCAAAGGCGCAAGACCCUCAAUUUUGACGGCAGGGUGCCUGUGUGUGCAGGACCUGUGGAGGUGCAAGGGGUCAGCCUGAGUACCUUCACUGAUUCUGCACUCUUUGAUCAUUUUACAUGCCAAAAACCCAAAAUACGCAACCGUAAGCUUCAGCAGGUGAGUGCUCGGGAGGGCCAACCCGUCAGUUUCUUCUGUCGUGCUGAGGGGGAACCAGCUCCCGCCAUCAUCUGGAUUUCCCCGCAGCGCCGCCGGAUCACGGCUAAGAGUUUGGGCCGCAUCACGGUUCUCCCGAGUGGUACCCUGGAGAUCCGCUACGCCCAGCUGACCGACAGCGGAACCUACAUCUGCAUCGCCAGCAACGCCGGCGGCAACGACACCUACUUCGCCACGCUCACAGUACGCGGCCAACCGCUGGACGCCGCCUCAGCGUUUUUUCUCAACCGCUCUCUGUACAGCGGCGAGUUCUUCAACGACACAAACUUGAACAGCACUCGGGUUUUCCUCAAGUUCACCCUGGACCUGACAACCAUCCUGGUCUCCACGGCCAUGGGUUGCAUCACCUUCCUGGGGGUGGUGCUCUUCUGUUUCCUGCUGCUCUUCGUGUGGAGCCGAGGACGCGGCCAACGCAAGAACAACUUCACGGUGGAGUACUCCUUCCGGAAGUCUGAGCCCGCCACCGGGAGCACGACCGGAGGCACAAGGAAGUUCAACAUGAAGAUGAUAUGAAACAACGCAGCCAGGGGUCCCUCGGGGGAGGCAUGAGCACGUCCCAAAACAUACGCACACAGCUGUUGACUCGCACUAAAACUUAGAACAUCCAAGUAGCCCCGACUGAAAUGAAUUAGCUAAGUGACCUGGCCAUUGGAAUACUUGAGUUGCUGGUACUUGGUGGAGGUAUAACUAAUACUUCAGAGCGCUCAAAGCCUUCAUUUAUAGAGUUUUAAAACUUAGAACAUCCAAGUAGCCCCGACUGAAAUGAAUCAGCUAAGUGACCUGGCCAUUGGAAUAAGGCUGGAGUUGCUGGUACUUGGUGGAGGUAUAACUAAUACUUCAGAGCGCUCAAAGCCUUCAUUCAUAGAGUUUUUCAGAGGAAAUCAAAGCUUCCAUUGGAUUGAGCCAAAACGAGGCUUAAUUUGGCUGCGUUGCGACAACUUUAGCUGUGUGAGUUUGGGACGAGCACACUGGCCAACAAUUGCCACGACAUCCUGUGUCCGAGGGAUUUGUUUUGUCAGAAGCCCAUUGGACACAGGCUGCCACGGUAACCAAGGCAACCAACACAACAGAGAGCCGAUGGGACAAAAGGGGUUUUGAGGGUAGGAAGGAAGAGGUCAUCUUCUUCUUGAAAAAAUACAUUUGGCCCCCGAGCUCCUGGCCCCAGCUCUCUGCUGCGUGGUCGGACGUCUGACCUUCCAGGCGCUGCCAGGGGGGAGCAGCCUGGAGAGUUGGCCGCCACUCAGAGGCAGACCGAGGACACACCUGGCUGGCAUAGAUGUUCUCUCAGGAAAAGCCAGGUAGAGUGGGUAUAACAUUCCAGCAAUAAUGCGUGUCGAGCCAUGAAAAUGCAACUCAUUCCCUGGGGAUGUGAGAAAGUAAGCCCUAGUAAUGGCGCUUGUUUUUAUAGUCAGUCACACGACAAACGGAGAAGAAUUAAAAGGAUAAUGAAUGAAAACAAAUUCCAACGGUGUCUGCCUCUGACAUGGUCCGGUGUGCAAAUGUCUCUGCCCCCCUAGCCCAGUGCAUCCCCCCUACCUUCCCUGUGCACCCCCCACUGGGUCCUCCUUUGGGGAGGGGUCCCUGGCUGGAGACUGCAGAUUGAAGAUGUAAAUGAAGUGGUGUUAACCCUACCCACGCCAUGGUGUAGUGGACAGUCGGACUGUCUUUGUUGUUUGUUAUUUCUCACAGCGGGUCUGUUGUUCCGCCUCCUGGUUUCAUUUCCUGGGUUGUUGUGCUUCAAAGCUGCCAUUCCUCCAUGCAGGGCUGUUCUGUUCUCAACUAAUCCGCAGGUCUUUGCUGUAAAACUCACCUCAUUGUCACGUGUGGGUCAGUCUCCCCAAAUGUGGGGCUGUCACUACCAUCCAUCCAUCUUCUUCCACUUAUCCCAGGUCAUGUUGCGGGGUCAGUGCCCGGGCAGAGAAGUCCAAACUAUCCUCUCCCCAGCCACUACAUCCAGCCCCUCCCAGGGUAUCCCUAAACAUACCUACAGACCAUAGGGCUCACCGGAUUAUAAGGCGCACUGCCAAUGAGCGGGUCUAUUCAGGUCUAUUUUCAUACAAAAGGCGCACAAGAUUAUAAGGUGCAUUAAAGGGGUCAUAUUAAGAUUAUUUUCUACAUUUAAAAGACUUCCUUGUGGUCUACAUAACAUGUAAUAAUGGUUCUUUGCUCAAAAUGUUGCAUUGAUGAUGUUUUACAAGGCACUUUUUGACCGUUGCCUCAGGAUGCGUCGUUUUAUGGGCGGUCUUAUUUUGUUGUAGCGGUGUAGCGUGCAAGGACGGGAGUGGAAGAAGUGUCAAUAGAUGGCGCUAACUGUUUAAUGGCAUUCAGACUUUACUUCAAUCAAUAACGGAGCAGCAUCUCCUCAUCCGUGGCUCACUACAUGUCUCCUAAUAGGUGCUCUUUUAGAGUCCUCAUACCCACUCUACCUCACAAUAAUAGUGUAUGUUGAAGCACAGUACAUCUGACUAUGGAAGCCGUAAUGCUCCGACAAUCCAUCAAGCGGUGCGGCUUCUUAGCUUACCAAAGUCGUACAUAAACAUGUUGACAGAUUUCUGAGCGCCGUGUGUGAUGUUCUAUAUUUUCAAUGGAACUUUAAAGUUUUGGUCUUGUUUACUGGCGUCAUCUUGCAGUCCACACGUAUGUCUUAUUUGUGACUGCCAUCUACUGGUCAUGCUUAUUGUCCCAUGUCCCAAAUAUAAUUGCUUUGAGGUCAGUAAGCACAACCAGAAUUAGGAGCACCGGGUUAUAAGACGCACUGUCAAUUUUUGAGAAAAUGAAGUUAUUUUAAGUGCACCUUAUAGUCUGAAAAAUACGGUAGUCCCCCCCAACGUGUCAUUGGUCUUCCCCGUGGUCUCCCACCAGUCGGGCGUACCCUAAACACCUCCCCAAAGAUGCCCGAACCACCUCCUCCCUCACGACCGAUCCCUCACUACAUGACAUCAGUUUUUAUUAACAGCACUAAAAACCGAAAUGAUUGAAUCAUUUCAUUCCCAGGGGAUUUGUUGUAAUACUGAACACGGAUCAAAUCCAGUUCAGGUUUGAUCUUUAAAAUGACGAAAAUGGUUUUACAUGAAUAUAAACGUGUGGAAAAAAUGUUGUAAUGUGGGAGAGAGCCUCAGGAUAAAAGUUUGCCAAUGUGGCGUGUUGGCUCUGACAAGACACGGCUUGGACCCUAACCCAUGCAGACGGCUUUCAGGGACCGGGAGUCACGCUGCCACGCAGACGGCUUUCAGGGACCGGGAGUCACGCUGCCACGCAGACGGCUUUCAGGGACCGGGAGUCACGC